AUGGGGAUGUUCUGGCUGCUGAUUGUGGCAUUGCAGAGGCCCCUGGCCCAGGGUCAAGAUGAAGCUGCCACCCUCCUGUAUCCCUUUGGCCCCGAGCAUGGAGACCAGAGUGUCCCCAGGGCAGAUGAUGGUUACUCCCCAAAGUUCCUACUCUCUGAACCCUUCAGCUUCUUUGGAGUCAGCUACAGAGGCGUCUAUGUGAACACCAAUGGCCUGGUCUCUUUUGAGGUGCCGGUGUCCCAAUUCACCCCUCGUGCCUUUCCUCUUGCGGAUGGACGGGCAUUUGUGGCCCCAUUCUGGGCUGAUGUAACCACAGUUAAGAGAGGGCAGGUGUGGUAUCGAGAGACCCAGCAGCCCGGGCUGCUUAGCCGCGCCUCAAGAGAGCUGGCCACUGCCUUUCCUGACUCCCCAGUGACCGUUCUUCACUCUCUGUUUGUGGCUACCUGGGACCGAGUUCCCUUCUAUGGGUCCCGGACUCACAAGGCGAAUACCUUCCAGGCAGUGCUGGCUUCAGGAACCAAUGCUUCCUAUAUUCUUCUGUAUUAUGGCGACAUACAGUGGACAACAGGAGUGGCCAGUGGAGGGAGCCCCAACGAUGGCCUGGGAGGGACCCCGGCGCAGGUGGAGGCUGGUUUCAACAGUGGUACAGCCCAGGACUAUUUCAACAUCCCAGGCUCUAGGACAUCUGCCAUCAUCCAUAUAACCUCCACCAGCAACGUGGGGAUUCCGGGGCUGUGGGCUUUCCGAACAGACAAUUUCAUAGUCCCAAGUGGCUGCAUCUACAAGGCCCAGUUCUUGCCCAUUGGUGCCACCUUCUGGAACAGUAGCACCUGCGGAUACCGGUGCAAAUGCCUAAAUGAGCAGAAAGUUCAAUGCUGGCCUGAACCAUGCCAGGCAGAGCAGCGGUGCCGUGCCUCCUACCCCUUCUCCUACUGCCAGGCCCUCCCGGGUCCUUCAUGCCAGCUGGGGCCCAAUGGGCAUCUACGUACAUUCUCUGGGCACCUGCUCCACCUCCAGCCCUGUGCAUACAUCCUGGCCCAGGCCUCUGGCAAUGUGACUGGCUUCCAAGUCAAGGUGGAAAGCAAGGGGACAACCCAGACACCAAGGUUCCGGCUGUGGCUUUUGGCCUAUGGCCAGGAGGUGGUGGUGCCAAACGACACCGUGGGUCAUGUGCUGGGAGUCCUGGCUAUCAGAGGGGACACACACAUAGCUCGUUCCCAGUCUGUGAGAGCAGUCACAAACCCACCCUUGGAAGCUCUGGUUCCAACGGUGGAAACAGGGCAGGGAGAGGUAAAUGGCCUCCGAUUCCCGAUGCCCAUUCAGCUCCUCCAGGGGAGUCUCACUGCCCACGUCAGCGGCUCUGCCACCUACCUCACUACUGACUUUGGGCUGGAGCUGUGGGUGCAGGAGGGCCACCUGGAGCUCACUGUACCGGCUGCCCUGGGCAGCACCGUGCGGGGACUGUGUGGGGCAGAGGCCUUGACCCCUUCAGGGACCUCACAGCCGGAGCCCACCCUCUUGGUUACCAGCUGGCAAACGGCUGAGUCGUGUGGACGUGCACCCCCGAGCUGUCCCCCAGAGCAGAUGGCUUUGUACACAGGCCAUGAGACUUGUGGCCUGCUGGAGGCAUCGCCUGGGCCUUUUACUGCCUGUGCACAUGUUCUCUCCCCAAGGCCUUUUGUGGAAAGUUGUGCCGAGGAGCUGUGUACUGCUGAAGGAGAGCCCCUUGUCCUGUGCCAGGCCCUGGCCGCUUAUGCUCGAAGCUGUCAGGCCGCCAACCUCACUGUGGGCGUGUGGAGGAGCCAAAACUUUUGUGAAAUCUCCUGCCCAGAGAACAGUCACUAUGAGGCGUGUACUAGCCCCUGUGGGGCCAGCUGCUUGGACUCCUUGGCUCCGCUCUUCUGCAAGGGGCCAUGUCGGGAGGGAUGCGCCUGUGAUGCCGGACACCUCCUCAGUGGCGGGGCCUGCAUCCCCCAGGCGCACUGUGGCUGCUCUCUCCAUGGCCGCUACUUCCCAGUGGGGGCCCGAGUGCUCACUGAUCACUGCAGGCAGAGAUGCACCUGUGAGGGCCCUGGGCAGCCGGUUCACUGUCAGCCUUAUGCUUGUAAGGUUGGAGAAGUGUGUAAGGUGCAGGAUGGAGUCUGGGGCUGCAUCCCAGGGGGCAACGGUAGCAUCUGGGUGUCGGGUGACCCUCAUUACCGAACCUUUGAUGGGGUGGCCUUCACAGCCCAGGGUGCGUGCCACUACACACUGACCCGGAGCUGCCGGGCUGGCGGGGAGCCCCCUGCGUUUGCUGUGCACGUGUAUAAUGAGUACCUUAGCUCCAUCGCUGUGGCUUGGACACGGCAGGUUGAGGUGGUUGUGUACGGGGAGCGGAUCGUAAUGACUGCCAAAGCACCAGGAAAAGUCCAGGUAAAUGGAUUGAAGAGGAAUUUGCCCCUGCACCUGGCUGGGGGGCGUAUCCAAAUCUACUUCAGCGGCUCAGGGGCUGUGCUGCAGACAGACAUCGGUCUCUUGGUCUCCUACGACUGGAGACAUUAUGUCUCUGUCAUGGUGCCUGAGACCUACGCAGGCUCCCUGUGUGGUCUGGGUGGGGAUUUCAAUGGAAACCCCGAGGACGACUUUCGAGGUCCUGGUGGGACUCUUCUCCCUGAUGCCCACGCCUUCGUAGAGAGCUGGAAAGACCCAGGGUCCCCUGUCCACUGCUCUGCCAUGGGCCCAACACCCCGUUGCACACGGGAAAGAGAGGCCCGGUAUCGGUCCCAGGAUUUUUGUGGUUUGCUUGGGGACCGGGAUGGGCCAUUUCGUGCCUGUGAUGAGGCAGCUGAGGCCUGGAUUCACGUGGAGAACUGUGUUCAUGAUCUCUGUGCCUCUGAGGUGGCCCGGAGGCCCCUGUGUGAAGCGCUCCGCAGCUAUGCCCAGCAAUGUCAGCGACAGGGACUCCCUAUUGAAGUCUGGAGACAUCGGGUGGGCUGUGAGAUGGCCUGUCCCACCCACAGCCACUACGAGCUCUGUGGAUCCUCUUGCCCUAAUUCCUGCACAGACCGCACCCUGGCCAACCAAUGCCAGACACCUUGUCAAGAGGGCUGCCAGUGUGAUCCGGGCUUCGUGCUGAGUGGCACUGACUGUGUGCCCCCAACUCAGUGUGGCUGCACUUCAGAGGGCAGAUACUACCUGGCUGGGGAGACCUUCUGGGAAGGGGAGGGCUGCCGGCGUUUCUGCCACUGUGAUGCCUCCACCCAUGAGGUGCACUGUUUCAACACCUCUUGUGGACCUGGGGAGAGGUGCGGCACCCUGAAAGGCAUCUUUGGAUGCCACCCGCUUGCCCCUAGCACCUGCCGGCUCUUGGGACAAUCACAGUACAUCACCUUUGAAGGGAAGACCUAUAACUUCCCAGGUACCUGCAAAUACAUCUUCUCUGAGCUAUGUGGUUCCUUGGAGUCCUUGCCCUCUUUCAGAGUGGAGGUUAAGAAGGAGUCCAGACCAAGCACCCCCAUAUCUGUGAUCUCAGAGGUGCUUAUCUUGAUCAACAGGACCAAGAUCCAUCUUCACAGAAAAAACCCAGGUCUGGCUGAGGUGGAUGGAGAGACUCUGCUCCUCCCACUGAACCUCAAUUCCGGUGGCAUCAUCUUGUAUCCGAAUGGGUUCUACUUGACACUAUGGACAGAUUUUGGGUUGACGCUCAGUUCUGACCUGGCCCACAGCCUCUUCCUCUCCCUGCCCCCACGCUACGAAGGCAACACCUGUGGACUCUGUGGAAACUUCAGCUGGAAGGGUGACCUCCAGCCCCAGAAGAGGACCCUAACGCGACAACUCGUCGACAGCUUGGCUUCGAGGUGGAAAACGGAAGACUGUGAAUAUCACUGUGCUCCUGAUGGCUGCCCAGCCUGCGUGGAACAAAAGCAGCUUAUUCGGGGAAAGGCCCGGUGCUGGAUCCUCCAAGACCCCCGGGGACCAUUCUCUGCCUGCCACGCUGAGAUCGACCCAGAACCGUACGUGGCCAGCUGUGCGAACGACAUGUGCCUCUCGAUGGGCAAUAGCACAGUUCUCUGUCUCUCCAUCCAGACGUACGCUGCUGCCUGCCACAGAGCACACAUUACCGUUGGCCCCUGGAGGAAUGCCUCCUUCUGCACCCCUGCAUGUCCAGCCCACAGCUAUUAUCACCUCUGCCAAGACCCCCACAAGGUCCGGUUCUGUGCUGCGGUUCCACUGCCUCUGCCCGGUAGCCCGGUUUGCUCUGAGGGCUGUAUUUGCUUCGAUGGCUACCUGUGGAGUGGGGACAGGUGUGUUCGACCAGAUGAGUGUGGCUGUGAGCAUGAGGGACGCUACCACAAGGUUGGAGAGUUGGUCUGGCUUUCUCACUGCACCCAACGCUGCAGCUGUGAUGGGCCUGGUCGAUUCCGAUGUGCUCUGGCCCAGUGCCCUGAAGGGGAGACAUGUGCCCUGCAGGCUGGCCGGCUGGGUUGUCAGAACCCCAUGGGCAUCUGCACAGCCACCGGAGAUCCUCACUACCUCACAUUUGACGGGGCAGUUGCUCACUUCCAAGGCACCUGUGCCUAUCAGUUGACCCACACAUGUAAGGAAGCCCCUCCUCCUGGGGGCCUUUCUUUUCGAGUGGAAGCCACCAACAGAAACUUCCGCAGCCGUAGAGUCUCCUUCGUGACCCACGUGGAGGUGUGGCUCAGUAACCGGGACUUCAAGGCCCAUGUGGUCUUAGAACGUGGCCAGCCAGUCAAGGUGGAUGGGCACGAAGUCAGCCUGCCAGUACUUCUGGGGCCCCAAGCGCGGGUAGGGCGAGAGCAGGGCCUGUUGCUGCUCCGAGUAGGAGGAGAGUUGGAAGUCCAAUACAAUGGACGAAACACCCUGUUUGUGAGAGUCGGGCCAGGCUACAGGGGCCGUCUGUGUGGCAUGUGUGGCAACUUCAACGGUGACAAGAAAGAUGACAAGAUCCUGCCCGGUGGAGGCCCAGCUCCCAGCGAUGCUGCCUUUGGGAAUGCCUGGCAGGCCGAUGCCAGUCCACCUGGCUGCCGGAAGGACUUCACCGGAACUGAGUUGUGUCAUGACAGGCACAGGGUGGAGCGGCUCUGCGCCACCCUCUCCAACCGCUCAGGCCCCUUUGCUGAGUGUCACUGGCACGAGAAGCCUGACCCCUACGUCCAGUCCUGCGUAUAUGACCUAUGUCAAUAUGGGACAGGCAAUCGGAUGCUGUGCGCUGCCCUGGAGGCCUACGCUGAGCUCUGUGCCCUGCACAGGGUGAGACUGCCUGACUGGAGAGCAGGCAUAGGAUGCAAUGUUGCUUGCCCACCCAAUAGCUACUAUGACUUCUGUGGCUCCCCUUGCCAAGUCACCUGUGCCAACCUCAAUACCAGUGUCACUUGUACCCGUCCAUGCACUGCAGGCUGUUUUUGCCAGGAGGGCUAUGUUCUGGAGAAUGGAAUCUGUGUCCCCCGGAAUCAUUGUGGAUGUGUCCUGAAUGGACAAUACUAUCCCUUAGGGGCUGAGGUGCUACUCACGGACACUUGUAGCCAGAAGUGCACCUGUCAGGGUCCAGGCCUGGCCAUGGAGUGCCAUCCCCAUGCCUGUGGGCCCAGAGAAGUGUGCCGUCUACGUGGAGGAGUGCGGGGCUGUUACCCCAUCAAGUAUGGGACUAUGUGGCUCUACGGGGACCCCCACGUCCAGACCUUUGAUGGGGUUACCUUCAGCUUCCGGGGAGCCUGCCGUGUUGCCCUGGUCCAAACCUGUGACACCCACCUCACCCCCUUUGCCAUCUGGCUAAGGGCUGAGCACCAGCACUCCAUAGUGGCCUCAUGGGCCAAGCAGGUGGACGUAGAUAUAGGUGGAGAGAGGUUCUCCCUUCUGGCUGGACAACACAAGACAGUUCAGGUGAACGGGUCCCAGAUGAAUCUGCCUCUGGUGUUGGCUGGUGGCAGACUCCACGCCUUUUCAAGUCCCUCUGGGGCCGUACUCUGGUUUGAUUUUGGCCUCUCUCUUUCCUUUGAUGAGUCUCAUUCCCUGUGGGUAUCAGUACCUGAGACUUAUGCGGGUUCCCUGUGUGGUCUGGCUGGGGAUUUCAAUGGGAAUCCUAAGGAUGACUUUCGGGGCCCUGAUGGUGCAUUGAUCCUCGAUGCUGAUACAUUUGCUGACAGCUGGAGGGAGCCAGGAUUCCCUAAUCACUGCUCUGUAGUGGGGUUGGCCCCACAGUGCCCUCCAGAGAAAGAAGCCCAGUACCAGUCCCCGGCUUCCUGUGGACUGCUUCAAGACCAGGACGGGCCAUUCUCUGCUUGCCACGAGGUGACUGAGGCCCACAUCCACAUGGAGAACUGCAUCCGGGAUGUCUGUGCCAGUGAGAGUUCCCAAGAGAUACUAUGUGAAGUGCUGGCAAGCUAUUCCAAACAGUGUCAAUGGCAUGGACUCUCCCUCCAGCCCUGGAGGCAUCAAGUGGGAUGUGAGAUGGCCUGUCCUACCCACAGCCACUAUGAACUCUGUGGAUCCUCUUGCCCCAACUCUUGUGCUGAGCCCAACCUGACUGCCAGCUGCCAGACACCUUGUCAAGAAGGCUGCCAGUGUGAUCCGGGCUUUGUGUUGAGUGGCACUGACUGUGUGCCCCCAGCUCAGUGUGGUUGCACUUCAGAGGGCAGAUACUACCUGGCCGGAGAGACCUUCUGGGAAGGGGAGGGCUGCCGGCGUUUCUGUCACUGUGACGCCUCCACCCAUGAAGUGCACUGUUCCCACUCCUCUUGUGCGCCAGGGGAGAGGUGUGGCACCCUGAAGGGUAUCUUUGGAUGCCACCUGCUUGCCCCUAGCACCUGCCAGACUUUGGGACAGUUCCAGUACAUGACCUUUGAUCAGAGAACCUUGGAUUUCCUGGGUGCCUGCAAAUACGUCUUCUCUGAGCUUUGUGGAUCCUUAGAAGCCCUGCCCUUCUUCAGAGUGGAAGUCCGGAAGAAGGAUACCCGAAGCACCCCCAUAUCUGUGAUCUCAGAGGUGCUUAUCCUGAUCAAUGGGACCCAGAUCCAUCUUCAGGAGGAAAAUCUAGGGCUGGUCCACGUUAACGGGGUCACGUUCGCCCUCCCGCUGAGCCUCAACAUGGGUGCUGUUCUCCUGUAUCAGGAUGGGCUACACUUAACGCUGCAGACAGACUUUGGGUUGGUGCUCAUCUCUGACUUGGCCCACAGCCUCUUCCUUACUCUGCCCCCAGAUUACAUGGGCCGCACCUGCGGGCUAUGUGGCAACUUCAACGGGGAUGCUCAUGAUGACUUUCAGAUGCAGACAGGUUCCCCAGUGGGCGACCCAGUAACUUCCUCUGCCUCUGAAUGGAAGCCGGAGGAUGACUGUAAAGACAAUUGUGCCAAUAGCUGUCCGGUAUGUGUGGCACCGGAACAGCUUGUGCCGGCCAAGGCCCAGUGUUGGAUCCUCCAGGACCCCCGGGGGCCCUUCUCCUCCUGUCACAUGGAGAUUGACCCAGAGCCCUUUGCCUCUGCCUGUGCCAAUGACCUAUGCCUCUCCAUGGGCAACAGCCACAUCUUAUGCCUAGCUAUUCAGACUUACGCUGCUGCCUGUCAGCGAGCAAACGUCACCAUCGGGGCCUGGAGGAGCCCCUCCUUCUGUGCCCCUCGAUGUCCCCAGCACAGCCACUAUGAUCUCUGUGCCUGCCCUCGCCACCGUUCCUGCCCUGGCUCUGAGCUAAAGUGCGGGCUCCUGUGUGCCGAGGGCUGCGUCUGUGAUGACGGGCACCAGCCUCGGGGAUACGGCUGCAUCCCAGCCCCAGAGCACAGCUGCAGCCACCAAGGUCGGCAUUGCCUUGAGCUGAGCCCUGAGGAUGCUUCAGAGCUGCUGUGGAGAUCAUGGAGCAGCCAUGUUUGUCUCCAGACGGACCACACUGGCCAGAUCUGAACCUCGUCCAUCCAGAACUCAGAAAACGGAGAACCAAUGGCAUCAUCUAACCAGCAACAAAUCCCCCCAGACCUCUCCCACAAUUCAACCCAGUCAUGAUGAAACCACUACCACAAGUAUCCUCCUAAGCCAGACAUCUGGCCCCUGGCCCAAAGGCUAAGGGAGAAGAGCGGUGGAUCAGACAAUUCUUUUGGCUCCUAGAGGCUUGGUGGGGUGGGGUGGGAAACAGGAGAAGAAAAGCAACACCAGGCACUCACAAGCUGAGUACAUCUUUGGGUGCUCUCCUUCCUACUUCACUCUUGAACCAAGAUCAAACUCUGGGGCCUAAGCAUUUUUUCAAGGUGGGGGAAGUGGGAGGGAGGGAGAGACAAGAGUCCAAAGGGCUACAGUCAUCAAUAUACCAUCUCUUUUUGCAUUUCUCUCACUCCUAUUUUUCCCCAUAGUUGUCAACGUUCAUUCAUUCAUUCAUUCAUUCAUUCAUUCAUUCACUCAUUCAUCUAUUCAAUAGAUAUUUCCCCCCACCUUGACUAUGACUGAUUGUGCUGGAGGUAAUACAAAGAUCCAAC